AAACUCAUUGAAAAUGAAUUUCAAACAAAUUAGCAUCAUUUUUGUGGUAAUAUUGGCUACAUUAUUAAAUACUGUGUACGCAUUACCGGUAGUAGAAAAAGCAUCAGCUAUACCUAAAGAAGACUUGGAAACUGCCAGUUCAUACGGUUAUGGAUAUGGGUUUGGAUAUCCUUAUCGUGGAUUCGGUGGAUACGGUGGAUACGGUUAUGGUGGAUUCGGUUAUGGUUAUCCUUAUUAUGGUUAUGGAGGCUUCUAUGGUGGUUACCCAUACCUGGGCUAUUACGGAUAUGGAUGGUUUUAGUAAAUUCUGCAACUUUUUUCUGAUAGCAC